CCCCUCUCUGCACCCCCUCCCCUUGCAGGCCCCAGUCGUCCCUGCACCCAGCCCUUUGGGCGGGGGCUCUUGCUGCUCAGAGGAGGUUGGCUGCACAUUGCCUCCGCCCCGGCUCUCGCACAGCGCUCCUCUGGGAGUAACCCCGGGGGGCAUCUCCAGCGCGCACCCCGCAGAGGGACAAAAGCUGCGGAGUAAUUUGUGCUGCACGCUAGGUGGUGCCGGGGUGUCAGGGCGCUCUGGAGCCGGAGGGUCUUUUCAAACUACUGUUUGCCCUGUUGCUAUUAUAAAUACAGCGGGAUGGAGCUGGUUCUCUGUGUUGGAAAAACGGAUGGAAAAAGCCGUGAAGAAAGAAGCUGGAGCACUGCUGGGUCUGCUUUUAUCUGUUCAAAAUACUUCCCCUAGCUUCACAUAGGUCUACAGUUACUUGGAAACUGGAGCCAUUUUAGGAAUGAACAAGUGCCUUCUGUACAUUCAAAAUGAGUACUUUGCCUCCUGUGCCGAUACAGCGUCCAAAGGCACAUCCCAGCUUCACAGAGCAGAUGGUUUGCCCUUCAAUAAAACUUGCAAGGAUUCAUAUGAUCAAAGACAAAGAUGCCAUAGAUCAUUAUUUGGCGAUGAAUAUCAAAGGGUUGUCAAAGCAAGAGGCUGCUGCUUACAGGAAUUCAUACAAGAAGAACAUCUGCAUAGACAUGCUGCGACAGGGUUAUCACAAGUCCUUCUCUGAGCUCUUCACUCUGAUACAGAAGUGGAAUGCCUUGAGGGAGGCUUCAGGCCCUGGGUCAGCCAUAUGGCUGCAUAAGUCCCUGGAGGAGCAGCCUGAUAAGCUGGAUCAGCUUCACCAUUUCCUGACCAGGGCUGAAGCAGCCCAACGAGCAGAGUAUUAUGAGGAGGUAUACAAUAACCAACUUCAUUUGGCCUACUGCUUCAACAACCCUGUGGACAAAUGGUUAAGGAAUUACUUUUAUGAACAAUGCUUUAAUACUGCUAUACUGAUCAAAGUUGAUGGUGGGAAAAAAGAGGCGGAAGCACAUGCAAAUAUGGGCCUUGUCAAUGAGGAACAAGGUCAGUUCAUGAAAGCUGCAGAGCAUUAUGAAGCAUUCCAUCAAUUGACACUGGGGCGGAUGUGGAAGGAUGAGACAGGCCAUACUUACAACUCACUGGCCUGUGAGCAUCUCUGGAGAAUUUAUACAUUACUAGCAGACAAAAUGCUAGAAAAUAAAGAACACCAACAGGCCAUCAAAACUCUAAUAAAAGCUUUUGAAAUGGCAAAAAAAGGAAGUGACAAGAAGAUGGAAGGAGAAGCUGCCUAUUGCUUAGGACUAGCCUAUCAUUCUGCUGGACAAGAACAGACUGCAAUAAUAAAUUUGAACGCCUACAAAGAAAUCUCCACAGAACUUUGUGAUGUUGUUGGUCUCGGUAGAGCAUAUCAAGCUAUAGCCAAGGUCCUGGUAAGCCAGGGAAAAGUGACUGAGGCUAUUGAGUACUUGGAAAAGUUUGUGACAGUUUCCAAGAGUGCUCAUCUAAACCAGAGUCUCGUGGAUGCAUGCAUAUUCCUUGGAGAUAUUUACAAUGAAAGAGGGAACUAUUACAAAGCUUGUGAAUAUUUCAGUCAGGCUUUUGAGGCAGCAAACACUCUGACUGAGUUGCCCUUGGUGGAUGAAACAAAGGUUUAUUACGGCAUUGCAAAAGCUCAUAACAUGAUGGUGGCAGUUAACAGUCGUACAGAAUCUGCAGAUCACGUCAACAUUGAGUACCUGCUGGCAUGGAAGGAGAACAGAAGUGACAUGUGCAAUGACCCUUUUACAGUUGAGCUCGCUAAAGACACAAGUAAUGUUUUGGAAACCAAUGAAAUAUGUCUGCAGACCCCAGUUCAAGAAGCUCUCGGAGAAUUCCAGCUCACCGGACAAUAAGUUCUCAACCUGUUUGAUAAAGUCAAGAAGAUCCUUGUUAGAAAACACAGAAAAACUUUUGGAGUUUCAGUGUGUAAUUUUAAAAGGAGCACAGAGUUUCAGUACAAGGGGCCAACAACCGUAGGUCUUUGUAUAACUGGUAUCAGGUUCAGUAUGUGUCAUAAAGUUUUUUAUCUUAACUCCCUAGCAUUGUUGAAAUAAAAUACAAAAGGAACAGUUGCAUGAUAAAGGCAAAUUGCUAUAUUUACCUAUUACAUAAUUUGUCCUACAAUGUAUCUCCUGCGAGAUGCUGAGCAGGUUUAACUCCCAUUGAAGUCAACGGGCAAGGGAGUUGAGGAGGCUCAGCACCUUGUAAGAUCAGCCUCUAAACAUAUAUGCUACAUGUACAUUAAAAUCUAGCAUUUUCUGCAA